CGCCAGCUGCUCCAAUAAUUGCUCGUCGUAAAAACUGUAUCCGCUUGUAAUUGGAUAAUUUAAACGUUUAAAUGGCACUGACAAAAGUCUACGAUGCCGCGACAGUUUUCAGGCACUUAAACGGCGUUUUAAAUGUAUACAAACCCGCCGGCAUGAAAGUGGGACACGUGCGCAGUGCUGUUCUCAGCAACAUUUGCAAGGGUCUCAACGAAAUGAAACAACGCGAGCCUCGCAAGCUGCCGGAGAACACGCAGCUCCUGGGCACGGGCACAGCCGCCGACAGUGUGCUCCACAAUAUUGCCAAAAACGUGGAUCUCUCUGACGAUAUUCUGUGCACUGGACCUCGCUACAUGCCCGACGAUAUACGCUGUGCCACAGUAGCCAGUUUGGGGCAUCACACCAGCGGUGUUUUGCUCUUUGGCAUCAACAAGGGACUGCGUCAGUCGAGUCGCAUACAGAAGAACCGUCCGGUGCGAGUGUAUCACGUUACUGGUCGCAUGGGCACUGCCACGGAGAAUCACCUGCCAGACAGCCGCAUAACCGCGCGAUCCAACCAUAAACAUAUCUCUGCGGAAAGAAUCAGUGGCCUGGCGGCCUCCAUGCAGGCCUCGCAUCAGAGGAAGAUGUACGAGCUGUGCGGCGUCGACCUGCAAACCCAGGCUGCCUACGAGCUAGCCUGCAAGGGUCUCAUUCGGCCAGCCGACAAUAGUUUGCCCGUCAUUUAUGGCAUCAAGUUGAUUUAUUUCGAACGGCCGCACUUUACUCUUGAGGUGCAUGCCAUCAAUGAGACGCAGGAGUACUUGACCGCCCUGGUGCAUGACAUGGCGCUGGAGCUGCGCACCGUGGCCCAUUGCAGUCAGCUACGAUGCAUUCGCCACGCCCACUUUGAUGUCACUGACAGUUUACUGAGACAUGGCUGGCAUCUGCCGGGUAUCGUGAAAAACCUGCGCCAGCAGCAGGAGAUUUUGCGGGCUCAUCCACAAAUGUUGGAGCAAGAGCGUAUAGAGCUGCAUGCGUGAUGAUAGGAGAUAGACUAGAUUAAGAUGAUAAUAAAGUAUGUUUUAUUCGGAUAA